CUGAGUUAACCAAUAGCACGUAAGCCGGGAAGUAAAAUUUCAAGAUGGCCGUCAAAACAAAAGAAGUUUGAUACAAUUCUAAUCAUAUAAUGUAGAUCUAGUAGAUUUAUACAUAAUACGUAGUGUAACAUAGUACGAUGGAGGAAACUAAAACGAAAGAACAAAAGACGUCUUGGGCCAGAUUACUUAAAAAUUAUGUAAAUAAAAAUGAAGCUAAACACUCACAAAAUUCAAGGGACGGAGAUGAGAUAGAAAUAUUUACAGAACUUUAUAAAAAAUGCAAAGGUUUGAACGGCAGUCAUAAGAUUGUUCCAAGUCUUUACUCAAGGGUUCCAACAGAAGAAGAACCAUUGUUGAUGAAACUUAGGGAGGAAUCAAGGGCUUUAUUUCUUCAAAGACGAAGCAGAGAGUUGCUAGACAAUAAUGAACUUCAGAAACUUUGGUUCCUCUUAGACCAGCAUCACACGCAACCACUACAAGCAGAUGAACAAAUGAUUAGCUAUGAUGAUUUCUUGCUAGUCAGAGAGGAGGCCGGACCCAAGUGCAAACCAUUCUUUCAGCCAUCAGUAUUCUGCAAGCUUCUCCAGAAUGAUCCCUAUGGUAGAAUAUCUAUAAUGAAGUUUUUUAACUAUGUUAUGCGUAAGAUCUGGCUACAUCAGACCCGCAUUGGACUUUCUUUAUACGAUGUAGCAGGCCAGGGCUAUUUAAGGGAAUCUGAUCUAGAAAAUUACAUCCUAGAGCUUAUACCUACUCUGCCUCAACUGAAUGGUCUAGAGAGAUCUUUUUAUUCUUUCUAUGUGUGUACCGCAGUCAGGAAGUUCUUCUUCUUUCUAGAUCCACUGAGAAGUGGAAAAAUUAGAAUACAAGAUAUUUUGGCUUGCAGCUUUUUAGAUGAUUUGUUAGAGCUGAGAGAUGAAGAACUGUCUAAAGAAAUGCAAGAAUCAAACUGGUUCUCUGCUCCAUCAGCGCUGAGAGUCUAUGGUCAAUACCUGAAUCUAGACAAAGAUAGAAAUGGUAUGCUUAGCAAAGAAGAACUCGCCAGGUAUGGCACAGGGACUCUAACUGAUGUGUUUCUAGACAGAGUGUUUCAAGAGUGCUUGACCUAUGAAGGGGAAAUGGAUUACAAGACAUACUUGGAUUUUGUGUUGGCCAUGGAGAAUCGCAGGGAACCCCAGGCUCAGAGAUAUCUCUUUAGAAUACUGGAUGUUCAGCACCAUGGAUAUCUGAAUGUAUUCUCACUUAAUUUUUUCUUUAGGGCCAUACAAGAACAGAUGAAGAUUCAUGGGCAAGAACCCAUUAAGUUCCAAGAUGUCAAAGAUGAAAUUUUCGACAUGGUGAAACCUAAAAAUCCCUUAAAAAUAACCCUCACUGAUCUCAUACGGAGUGGUAAAGGAGACACAGUGGUCAGCAUACUGAUAGAUCUGAAUGACUUCUGGACAUAUGAAAACAGAGAGUUCCUUGUCCCUGACUUGUCAGAUGAAGUUUGAUUUAGAGUUAGAUGUGUCUACAAGUUGUGCUGAUGUUUAUGUACAGUUUUGGUUAUGUAUGGUGUUGACUUUUAUUGUGCUUGACCAUGUAAAAUACUUAUGAACUCAUUGAUGUGAACUAUUUUUGGACUCACUCCAUUCUUUGGUUUUAAUCCCAAUCAAUCUGUAACUGUACUAUAAUGCUUGCUUUGUUUCAUUAAAGUGUAUAUCAAUGGAA